UCGGGCGACGUCAGUUCAUAACGACAUGGCGUUUUGGAAAGAGUGGAAGGAAGUCAUCUGGUUCAGUCCAAAAGACGAAGAGGAUGCAUCUGCCCAGCAGCCAAAGAAAAAGAAGAAGAAGGCCAGGAAUGCUAAUCGGGAAGAAGAUGAUGAAACAAUGGACGACAAUUCUACUCAAAUAAACAUGACGUGGAAGGAUUUUCUGCUGCUGGAUAAUCGGAUGCGCAUAGUCUACGUCGUCCUUCUCUGCGUCCUGCUGGGCCUUAUCUUGCCCAUCAUCAUCAGUUACUACCUGGGCGAGUACCAAGCCGAUUUGGGUAAUUGCAACACCCCGACGCUAAACAGGUUCGAGUGCAUGUCGGGAUCGAAUGUGCAGCUGAGCAAAUCGGCUUGCGAAUCGGCUGGAUGCUGCUGGAAUUCCGGAAGCGGAUCGCCAAAAUGUUACCACAGUAAUCCGACGAGGUACACGUACAAGGUGGACAAUGUUGUGGAAGCGCUGGAUUACAAGAUGGUGGUGGAUGUGAGGCCGGAGCGUCGAUCCUCCGACAUGUUCGGCAACGUCAUGCCGACGGCCAGAAUUGUCGUCAGGGCCGUCAACCGCGAUCAUCUCAUCGUCCAGAUGAUCGCACCCGGCCAAUUUGAAGACGAUUCCUUCCGGCUGGUGACGGCAGACGAGCAGACGCCAUUCAGCCAAACGGAUUUCCAAGUCAGCGUCACCACCGAGAAGAAAACUUCUUUCGCCAUCGUCGUCAAGCGGGCCAGCACGGGCGAGGUGCUCCUCGAUACGUCCUACGGUCCGUUGGCCAUCACCGACGAGUACGUGGAAAUGUCGACGACCGUGCCCAGCGAAUUCAUUUACGGGCUGGGCCAGGGAGAGCGGCGCCAGUCGUUCAAGCGGAAUUUCGCCAAUUACGGGAAAACGGCCCUGUACAACCGGCAGAAAGCCGAUAGCUACCACCCACUUUUCAUGUCCGUCUCUCCUACCAGCGGACUUUUUCACGGCGUCUUUUGGGACAAUUCUUUUCCCGUUGAAAUCCAGUUCUCGCCAAUUCCCGCCGUUUCCUUCCGCUCCAUGGGCGGCAGCGGAGUGCUUCACAUUCUUGCCGGACCCACUCCGGCCGCUGUUUCCCUACAGUACAGGCGUGACAUUAUCGGCUUGCCCAGUCCCAUGCCGCCGUUCUGGUCAUUGGGAUUCCACCUAUGUCGGGAGAACGACGAUCCCGAGGCCAGUCAGAACACCAUCAGGGAAAUGGUCAACUCCGGCAUCGGGUUCGAUUCCGAUUGCAUCGAUUUGCGGCUGUCCGGGCCCGGAAUGGGUUCCGCCGACCUGGGACGAUUCCCGCUGGCAGCGGAACAUCGUGAGCGGCUCCGUGAUCAGGGCAAGAAAUUUGUCCUGUCGCAACCACCCCACGUCCAGGACGUCGAACAGUUCCCAGGCGCUUCGUGGAUCCUCCACAAUCGGACGGUCAACAGUUCGACGAUCGUCGACUACGAGACGGGCGUCCGUUUGGAUUCGACCGUCUACUAUCCGAGUUAUCCUUUCACCGGUCAACUGACGGACAGAUGGGACGCCAUGCUCCAGCCGGAAGGUUUCAAUUUUCUGGACAAUUGGCCGUCAAACGACGCCAAAACGGCAUGCGCCUCCACCGACCGUCCGAGAUCUUUCAUUCCCGAAGCCCUUCGUUCCGGCAUCACCAACAACUCGAUUUGCCUGGACGCUUUCCACCCGACCCAGGAGCUGGAACACUUGGCAGUUCACAAUCAUUACGGCAUCCAGCACCUACAGUCCUUCGUGGAUCAAGCCUACAGUUACCGGUUCUUGUACUUGAAUCGAGCGGCCGCUUUAGGCAAUUUGGGACACGCAGGAUCCCCCGGUGACGACUUAACCGCCAAUUGGGCAUCCAUGAAAAUGGCUCUCGUCCAGGUUAUGGAAAUGGGACUGUUUGGAGUACCGUUGUCCGGCUCUCCCAUUUGCGGCACCUACAACAGCAGCCUGGUCAUCGACAAUUUGUCGGAAGUGAAGGAGGAACAACUGUGCAUCCGGUGGUAUCAAAUGGGAAUGAUGUUACCGUUUGCCCAUUCAAUGACCAAGUUAAAUCAACGGGCUCGUUCCCCUGUCGACUGGUCCCUAAACACCCGCAGGCUCGUGGCCGGAUACAUCCAGCAGCGCUACAGAUUGUUGCCCUAUUUCUACUCUCUUUUCUACCAGGCCAACACCCAAGGAACACCAGUUGUGCGGCCGAUGUGGUACCAAUUCCCAAAGGACAAUGAAACGUACACGCUGAACGAACAGUUUAUGAUCGGCGAGAGUCUUAUGGUCUGCCCGGUCAUGGUCCAAGACGAUACAGAGACCAACACCGCCAUCACCGUUUACUUCCCAUCCGGAACUUGGUACGAUUAUUACAAUGGAGACUGCGUUCAUUCCGGUGAAGGAGAUAGUGCUGUCGUCACGACCGGACUCAAUCAUCUCAACAUGUUUGUCGUCAACAGUUCCGUUUUCGUUACUCAGGAACCGGGAGCCUCUGCCGAGAAAACGCGUAGGAAUCCCUACACGGUCACGACCGCCUUUCCAAUCUCCUCCACCGCUUCCGGAUGGCUAUACGUCGACGAUGGAAUGACGGCCGACCAAGCUGCUCACGAUUUGAUUCAAUUCACUUUUACCAGCGACGGAACUUUUACGAUGGAGCGAGUUCAUUUCGGAUUCCAGGGUUCGGAGGAAAUUUCAACGACCGUCAACACCCUUCGCAUAUUUGGGUUGGAAUUAAAAAGUGAACAAAUCCCUGCCGAAGCCACUUACAAUCCUUACACCAAAGUCCUCGAAUUCAACCAGCUCAACUACGACUGGCAUCAAAAUGACUUUUACAGUUUGAAUUUCAUUAUCAAUUCGUAAUUCGUAUUAAAUAUUAUUAUUUUCUUUA